AUGAGUGUUAUAUUUAUGGAUGUAAAUAUGCCAGAAAUGGAUGGUUAUUAAUGUACUUAAGAAAUAAGGAAAUAUGAAUAAAUGUAUAAAUUAACUCAAUCUCUAAUUGUAAUUGUUACUGCUUUUACAGGAUCUGAUGAUAAGCUGAAAUCUUAAAAAUGUGGAGCUAAUGAUCAUCUAGAUAAACCUUUAAAUAUGGAAGAUUUAAAAAGAGUCAUGAAAAAAUUUGGAAUAAUUUGA